ACCGCCACAGGAGUAUUUUCGUGUUGACUCGUCUCGAAGUCGGAUUUUGUUGGAAAUUUGUAACGUAUAUGUUGCAACGAUGUAGAUAAAGGAGCUUUAAAACGUCAAUGACACGUCUACACAAAAUCCGUCCCUUUGGCAGUGGAGAGGCCACGUUUGGGAUUUUGUCUGAAGAGGGGGUAGACGUAAUAAACUGAGAGAAUGUGGCAAAGCGUCGGUCUAACUGUGCUGGUCAUUGUGGCCACCCUCAUAUGCGUCCUACUCUUCAUGCUUUUCGGUUGGUAUGUGGUGUGGCAACUCUUCCUGUCCAAGUUCAAGUUCCUCCGAGAGCUGGUGGGAGACACGGGCUCCCCGCAGGUUGAGACGGAGCCUUCGGAGUCGGAGAGCGAACGCAGCUCUCCCCCGACGCCCCGCCACCGGCCCAAGACCGCACGCCAGAGGGUUGUCCCUCCAGACAGCACUACAUAAAGCCCUGCCCUCCACUGACCCACGCGCCCGCUUCUGCCAGUCUGAAACCCUUCUAACGUGGACCUAAGGCCUUCUCUUGAACUCAUCUUUCAUCGAAUGGUUUCAGUGGUCCUUGCCCCCUUAUAAGCGCUUAUCUCACUUGGCUUAGCUGACCUGCUGAUGUUGUUGUGGACAGCCAUUGGAUCGUGGGGUUUUAUGGAGCUAUUUCACCGUUUAAUUUCAGUUAUGUGUCUUUCUACUCAUGAUCAGCAAGUCAGAUGAAAACCAGGUUCAUUCACUAGUCAUAAAAAAUCACUUCUUUCUUGCUUCUGAUUGGACUGCUUCACUGUAUGAAGUUUGCAGGGCGAGAAUCGUGAUGUGUGUGUGUGUGUGUGUGUGUAUGUGUAUGUAUGUAUGUAGUGAGGGAAGGGCGUGCUUGUAGUUGCUAAUCUACCAUGAUUUUGGACAUUUAUUGAUGUGAAGAAAAAAAAUCAGAUGACAAAACUGAAAGCUGUCCUAACUGACAACCAAACCAUCUCGACAUCUCAGCGUGUUAACUUCACGGUCAUCAACACUAAUAUUCUUGACAUUCAGUCUUUGCCUAUGAAUUGGAGUUAAAUCAGUGUGUCCUUUCAUUGUUGGUUGGAAAAUGUCCAGAACUGAACGGUUGAAAACUUAUCAAUAAAGAGGGCUUCAGAUCAUCUUCAGUUAAUGAUGGCCAAGCCCCCCUGGAAUGCAGCAGUGUUCCAUUUCCAUGGCUACGCUGGCUUCCUGGUGCUGCAAAUCUGGCUCAGUGUUCCAUGAUGGCUGCCAUGGUUACCACUGAGGCCUCCCUUGUGCCUCUGAACCAAUGGGUGUUGACAGGGCACUGCCAUAGUUCCGUUUUUCACCUACCUCCAAUCAGACGACACGCGUGGCAUAGUAAAUUUUAAGUUUUACAUGUUUUUGGUCCCCCCCCCCCCCA